UUUUAGCAACGGAUGAGAUUGGCUCUAUGGGAAGCACGGCAUGCAGCCGCGCUAAAGAACUAUGAUGAUGCAGCACGAUUUUACAUGACACUAUUCAAUGACCUUGAGCUAGAGGAUCGGCGGAAAUAUCUGGAUGAAUUUGUAACUGUGUUGGAGGAAAUGGGUUCGGCCAGUGGUGGCGGUGAUUAUUCGAAGCAAAUUAUGUUACUGCUCCAGAGUCGAAUGUUAUUCCCACAUGAAGCUAUCGUUUUGAACGCAUCGGCGAAGUUUUUCUUUGUUGUUGGACGACUGUUAGAAGCUUUUGAUUUUGCUCAGGAAGCAGUCAGUGAAAGCGAAGGUCUGCCACAUAUUUAUGCACUUGUAAACUUGGAAAAUAUCAAGUCGAAUAUUAUGGAUCAGUGGCAUUGGGCUAUGUUGAAUGAUGUCAAGCGUAAUGCUGCUUACGCUACUGCUAUAGAACUUGUAGCUAACUGGAGACCAGAAAGCCGUGUUCUUGAUAUUGGUACAGGUACUGGUUUGCUCACAUCAAUUGCACGCAGGCACUUCAAACGCGAUGUCUACUGUUGUGAAGUUGACGUGAAUAUGUGCGACAUUGCUGAAAAAAUACUGAAUGAGGCAGUGAUUCGUAAGCAUUCUUCCGAGGUUACCAUCGAAGAUGUUGGCUCUGAAAAGAUAGAUGUAAUAAUCACCGAAACAAUGGACUGUGGCUUAUUAGGAGAAGGUAUUGCAUGUUCGUUAUACGAUGUACAAACACGAAUCUUGUCAUCGUCACCAGUUAUUGUCCCUAGAUGUGCAACAGUAUAUGCGUGUAUUAUCGAGAGUGUAGCAAUAAUGGAUGAACAUGUUGCAGUUUUCUGUGGACGUCGUUUUGCUUCUGAUAGCGUUACUGCUUCGUAUAGCGCUUACGAAACAUUAGAGGAGCUAGAACCAUACUGGUGUUGUUCAGCGGCUGAAAUUCGCGGAGGAUACAAAAUUCUGAGCAAAACUAUUGAAAUAUUUGCUGUAAAUUUUGACAGUCGUGCAGAGUUGGAUAAAAUUGUUAACGAUGGUACCACGGAGCUGCGAAUGGCUCCCAUAAUACGUGAUGGUACUGCACAUUGUAUCAUGGCCUGGUUCAGCUGUGUAUUGUUUCCCGGUGCACCAGUUCUCGAUACAAGUCCAGAAACAAGUGGCUGUUGGCAGCAAGCAUUAUAUCCAUUGCCGAAACCAAUACGCUUACAUCGAGGCAGCAUCUGUACAUUGAAGGUUAAAGCUUACAAGGAUCAGCUGCUCUGUGCUCUUAGAGACAUUGUUAUUCCGGAAGAUCCUGAAGUUGCCGAAAAUGCAAGACAGUCAUGCAGCAGUAACUAUGAUAGCAACACCUCAUGCAAAGGGGAGAAUGCAGAACAAGACUCAAAAGCUGACAAUGAUGAGGGCUGCGCAUUGCCGUCGAAGCGGACCAAACAUGAUAGCGACACAACUGCCAGUAUGAUAAUUAGUUAUAAGAAUUAUGCAUCGCCCGAUACCAUUAUUGUUCUACCCAAUAACGACUUUGCAAUGAUGAACGACAACCAUUUGAUACAUUUUUUCAAGCGCAGUUUGGCUGAUAUCCAACGACGAGAAGGGAUGUUAAAUAAGGAGAGGGAUGUCUACAUCCUUGAUAUGACUAAUUUGGGUGCACUGUCGAUAACUUUGGUGAAUGCGUUUCCGGAAAUGCAAUUUAGUUGUUAUAACAAUGACGCCCACAAAUUGGUCCAUCUUUUCUCUCCUCAUGUCCAUAACUUUGGCUCAUUUCCUGAUAAUCAAGAUUCUGUGUCGAUAGAUGGAAGUACAACUGAGAAUGGCUGUCCAUUGAUAUCAUCCAAACCACCUCGUACUUAUUUUGAGGACGCUGAAUGUUCGGAUGCACUUUUAUGCUGGCCAAUUAGUUCUCAUGGGUUUCUCUUGGAAACAUCGCUAAAUCGUGUGCUCAGCUUCCGCCUUUCUAAUAGGCAAGCGCAAGUUAUACCAUCAAAGAUUUCGGUUAUGGGUCAAAUCGUGAGCUGCCCUGAUAUUGUAAAACGAUCCAAACCAUGUCCUUCGGCAUAUCAAGGAGUUGACCUCUCAGCAAUCAAUGAUCUCGCCAUUUCGUUUUAUUAUGACAUUGAGCCUUCCGUUUUGAAGCAUGAAGUAUUUUCUAAUCCAUUUGAACUUUUGGCUUUUCGAUUUGACAAGCCAAUGCCAGAAAACCCAUCGGAAAUGCCGGAAUUUAUUUGCCUUACCGAAGUAUCAUCGGAAGCUAUUAUCGGUGCAGAUGGUGUAGCCGAAGGUUUACUGUUCUGGUUUGAUGUUGAAAGUGGCAAGCAGUUGUACAGUACUCGAUCUUCCAAUACCCUUGCACGUUGUGCCUUAUAUUUAUUUGACGAAGGCCGUAAGGUAUCGAAAAACGAUCGUAUCUCCAUCAAAUCUUCUAGUUAUCAUGGUAAUUUGGCCUUUGAGGUGAUGUGAUGUGGUGAAAACAUCCACCCUCUUGAUAGCAUUCUGAUUCAUUUUAAGGUUAAAGCUAACUGUAAUCACUUCUAAAAUGUUUUCUGUCCUAAUAAUAAAGAUCA